CGCCGCACGGCAUUCACACCAGCGCUGCAUUGCGAUGCGUCUGAACUGACGUGCCCGCGCCUCGCUCAUUCACAUGCUCAUCAUGGAGGAAUAACUACAGGUACCUGCCGUGCAGAAAGGAGGACAGGAUUAUACCCAACGACAUCUUCAAACGUUGUCUUGAUCAUACGUUUGUUGCACUGUUGCAACAAAGAAGACAAGCGCAAUGAAGCAUUUUCUAAGGGUACUGAGCCAGUUCCUGGUGUUCCUUUACUGUAAGUGCUUGUGGCAGGGCCUUAAGUUUAUCAUAAGAAAGGUGACAGGACGAUGUGAGCUUCAACGCAUCUGUUACAAUAACAAACCUGGUGCUCGAAGGACGCUCAAAAUCGAAUCCUCACUUAAAUGUUCAAAACAUGAGCUUUUGCAGUCUGCAGUUACUGUCCAUCCAGAUUCUGUGGAAAAGACUAUUGAUGAUAUAAUAGCUCUGAAAAAAAUCAACCCAGAUACAAACCCACAACUUGCCAUCUCUCUCCAGGCUUGCCUGCUCCAGAUCGUGGGUUACCGAAACCUAGUUGUGGAAGUGGAGAAACUGCGUAGAGAGCCGUAUGAUUGUGAUAACCCAGCACAUGAGGAGAUGCUCAUGAAGCUGUGGAAGGAACUCCGUCCUGAUUCUCCUCUCUCUGGACGCAUCUCAAAGCAGUGGUGUGAAAUUGGUUUCCAAGGAAACGACCCCAAGACUGAUUUCAGGGGCAUGGGUCUCUUAGGUUUGCACAACCUACUGUAUUUUGCAGAGCACGAUAAAGCAACUGCUCUACAAGUUCUUCAUGACUCCUUGCAGCCCAAACAUAGGACUGUUUCCAAAGAGGAAUCCAGCAAGAUGAGCAAAGCUGAGUGGGAUAAGAAGAAAUUUGACAAAGCGAUUGGGUACUCUUUUGCCAUAGUUGGCAUUAACAUCACGGAUCUGGCAUAUUCCCUGCUGGUGAGCGGAGCACUGAAGACUCAUCUGUACAACGUCGCGCCAGAGAUGCCAAGUCUGGUGCACUUUCAGCAGACCUUCUGUUAUCUGAUGCAGGAGUUUCACAAGUUCUGGAUUGAGGAGGAUCCAUGUGACAUCAUGGAGUUCAACCACGUGCGCACCAAGUUCUACAAGCGUAUCGUGAAGCAGCUGAAGAACCCUGACAUGGCGCUGUGUCCUCAUUUCACUGCCUCUGACCUCCACCUGGUCAACCUGUAGCUUCUCAUCCAUCUGAAUUCUGACUCUUUCAGCUUUCCAUCCCUAUAGCCUCCUUAGAGUCUCGGUUGUACACUGUAAAAAGUGAAGAGUUGGAUCAACUUAAAAAAAUAUACUUCGAUUGGUAACACCUAAAAAUCUCUCUCUCUUUAAAUGAAAAUUUAAUUGAAAAAGCUUACAUGUUUAGGUGAUACCAAUCGAGGUAAUUUUUGAAGUAGAUUCAACUUCUUACUUUUUACAGUGUAUCUCAUUACUGCUCACACAUUCUCACUUGUGUCCUUUUCACAUACACAAACACACAUUUUCACACCCAUGUCUUAUUACAUCUCUCUUUGACCGAUACAACCCACUAACUGAAAAACAACAGCACAGCUGAAAACCGUGUUGAUUGUAUGAGCAAAUAGCAACCUUACAGUACAACUCCGUCAUCUAGUCACAUUUAGUUUUCACACUGAUAUUCUAGACACUGUAGGCUAUGUGAAGUCUGAACCAGGCAUCUUUCAGGGAUGCAAACUUGUCACCUUUCACAAAAUUUGCCAUUUUGGAUCCAAAAUAGGCCAUUUUGUAAUUCGUCUAGAUACGUUUUUGAAAAUGGGGGUCUGCGAGGUCAGUCUUCGGACAGGGUCACGUUAACACAGUUCUGGGAGUGACAACCACAGUCAUCACGUUUAUGGAGAAUUGCUGUGUAAAUCAAACCGUACAGGACAACUAGUUGUCCGGUCACUCUCUGUCACUGUGUUAAUCUAGAGUUAACAGAGAUGACGGCAAACUGAUUUGUAAUGCUUUGCAUAGCCGAUCUCCCCUCACAAUAGCUGCGCUAUAGUAUAAUGUAAUAUUUUACACAAAAGCGUUCGCCAUCAUCAUCAUCAAAGGCAAAUUGUGUCUGUUGUGUUUGUUUACAACAGUGCACAUAAAAUAAUACUUAAAGGGAUAGUUCAACCAAAAAUGAAAAUUCUGUCAUCAUUUACUCAGCCUCAUGUUGUUACAAACCUGUAUAAUUUCAUUGUUUUGAUGAACACAAAGAAAUGUUUGUAACCAAACUGUUUGUGGACCCCAUUCACUUCUAUAGUAGGAUAAAAGAAUACCAUGAAAGUAAAUGGGGUCCACGAAUGGUUUGGUUACAAACAUUUCUCAAAAUAUCUUCAAUUGUGUUCAUCAAAACAACGAAAUUAUACAGGUUUGUAAUAACAUGAGGCUGAAUUUUUCAUUUUUGGGUGAACUGUUCCUUUAAUGUUGCUGUACAGCGCUACCUACAUUGUGAAAAUAAUACUUGAUAAAGGUGCUUUCUUUAAAUUUACGUCUGUCACUAUGUGUACAGGUGUCAUGUGCGAAUAGUAUACGAGUUUGACAGUUGCUUGUUUAUAUUCAUACAUACUGUAUUAGAGCUGAGACUGUGUGAACGAAACAUAUCCUCACACCUUUAUCUUUUAUCAGACCCUGGACUAUUCAUUUAUGUCUACUGAAUAAUAUAAAAUACAAAUUUUCAAUAAUAAUAUUUUCUAAAAUAAUUAUAUAUAAACCUCUGAUGAGUUUGCACCCCUGAAUGUGCCAUGGGGAGGGGAACUCUCUCAGGACAGGGCUCCCUAUCCACCAGUAGGUAGAGCUGUUGGCACAAGACAAUAGGCGAGAGGGUAAAUCCACAUUCACUGCAUAGGCUGCACUGAUGUUUGUGUUCACUAUCAUAUGCACUUUGAUAUAUAGUUGUCUUUUAGUGGCAAUUUUGGGAACUAUUUGAUAAAGAGGCUAAACCUUUUUUUAAGGAACCAUUUCUGCCUGCUGUAUUAACAGAGUGAGAUGAUCUUUCAUACUGUAUUCACCAUCAUUCUCAUAUUCUGUAUGUCCAUAUUCUUCUAUCAAAGAGUUACACUACAUGUUGCCAAGAAGCAUAGCAUAAAAUCAAAUAUUUAUUUGCCAAAUAUAAGAUAAUGUGUGUUUUGUGAAUGUUAUCAUGCAGAGCACAUGAUUGUUUUGACAAAAUAAUCAUAAUGUAUUAGUGUUAAUGUGAAAAAAUAUGGAAUGUUUCAUUUUUCUGUUUUAGCACCAAAGCAAUAAGUGACAUUUGGAGGUUAAUUACUGUAGUUAGCCUUGUUUUUCCUUUCCUAUCAGUUGUGUUAUUAAAACCAUAAUUAGCGUAAUAAAUGUACAGCUAUGAAGCUUAGCCCCUUCGCGUCUGAUAAUUCAGGCUUUCUAUAAUUUAUGUUUUUUAAGGCUUGAUCUUUAUUUUGCAUUUUUUUCUGUUAACAUUAUGGGCGGUCACAGGGUUUGCAUGAUGAUUAUGUUUGGUCUGCAGAAAAUUGUGUUACCAGAAUGUCACUUCCAUUUAAAGUAAUGUUGUUAUGUGCAAUGAAUGUCAAUGCUACUGACAGUGUUCGCAGCUUUAGUUCAACUGUGUUUUCACAUGAUUUUUAAGAUGUAAAGUAUAAAAUGAAUUUGAUAGAUUUCUCAUUGUGGCACUUUUACAUGUGAGACAAAAGCACUUGCUGUACAUAACGCCUUAGAGGUGGAAUACAUCGAAACAUUAUUAAAGCGCAUUAUUAUGCAUGGCUGAAUU